AUGUCUUUCACUGGUAAAACACCUAAAAGUUGCUGGCGAAAGUAUUUUGUAAUAAAUAAGGACAAUGCCACUGCACAAUGUAAAUAUUGUCCAAAAGCAUUAAAAACGUGUAGUAACACUACAAACUUAAAACAGCAUAUGGAAAGGAAACAUUCCGCUGUUUUAGAAGUUGACGAGAAUUCAUGUGCAGUUGCUAUUCAGGAUACUAAUAACUGUGAUAAUAUCAAUCCAUUGGCACAAACUUCGAAAACAACUUUAUCAACAGGAAGUGAGGCUUUAUUUUCAACGCCAAAACGAGCUAAAUUAAGUAUUGGAGCUGCUUUUUCGAGAGUUUCUGCAUAUGCUCCAAAUGGCGAUAAAAGUAAACAAAUAACGCAGACUAUCGCAGAAAUGAUAACUCGAGACAGUCUUCCUUACAGUAUGGUGGAAGGAAUAGGAUUCAAAAAGUUAAUGAAGACUGUGGCACCUUUGUACAACGUUCCAUGUCGCAAAACAAUCACAGAACUUAUCGACACUAAAUAUGAAGAAAAGAAAACUAUUAUCAAACAAAAAUUAAAAUCUAUUAAAAAUAUCUGUCUCACAAUAGAUGAAUGGAAGGAUAUGCAAUUAAGAAGUUUUUUAGGUGUGACAGUGCACUUCAUAGAAAACUAUGAAAUGCAAUCUAUGAGCAUUGCAUGUGAACCGCUACAUGAGAACCAUACCGGAGAAUAUUUAUCGGAGAUGAUUCUUAAAGUAUGUGGAGAUUGGGAUUUGUCUAUUGAAAAAAUUGUAAGUGUUACUACUGAUAAUGGCAGUAACAUAGUUAAGGCUGUUGAAAUUAGUUUUGGUCGGGCAAAACAUAUUCGAUGUGUAGCUCAUACACUGAAUUUAGUGGUUGAUAAUUCAGUGAAAUCUACUGAAGUGAAAUUAUUUUUGGAUAAAGUUCGAAAAAUUAUAACUUGGUUCCACCAAAGUGGCGUAGGCGCUGAAGAGUUGCGACAAUUACAAACGCAGGCAAAAAUUCCUGAUGGAAAAGUGAAGCAUUUAGUUGGUGACGUAUCCACUAGAUGGAACUCACAAUUACUUAUGAUUGAACGUUUUAUAUUAAUGAGUAGUACAAUAGGAUCUAUUUUAUUAAAACAUCCAAAUGCACCCCAAAUGCUUCAAGCAAACGAAAUUGUUGUACUUAAAGAAAUAGAAAAAGUUUUAAGACCUUUUCACGAUGUCACUGAAAAAAUGAGCGCCGAAAAAUAUGUGACAGCCAGUAAAGCCAUACCUAUGAUCAAGUGUUUGAGAAUUCUAUUAGAUGCAACAACGAUAGAUAGUGAUUUGGCUAACCAAUUAAAAUAUUCACUGCAAACGGAGUUGAUCAAAAGAUUUGAAAACAUCCAAAAAGUUCACCUUUUCUCAGUCGCAACUUUUUUGGAUCCUAGAUUUAAAAAAAUUUAUUUAGAUGAGCCGUUAUCCUUGUCAAAGACAAUCGAUUAUACAAACCGAUAUUUGAGUUUGAACAUGAGAAAUGAUGAUGUUCUAGCAGUGACCCAUUCUGAAUCAUCGGUUUCAUCAGAAGUGACGGUUAACGGACAAGAUAUAUGGAAGGUACACCAUGAAAAAAUAGUGUCAGCAAACACGUCAACGACCAAGAAUACAGAGCUUGACUUGUAUAUUGCUGCACCGUUAUCAAAUCUUGAGGUAGACCCUCUAAAUGUAUGGAAAAACUAUGAAGGAACUUUUUCAAUGUUAACGAAUUUAGCUGUAAAACAUCUCUCAGUGAUGGCCACUUCUGCACCAGCUGAAAGGCUAUUUUCUAAAGCUGGGAAUAUUUUGAGGAAAACUCGAAAUCGUAUUUUAGGAAAGCGAUUACCAAAAUUAUUAUUUUUAAACUCUUUAACAGAAGACUUAUGGCAAUAA